GUAUUGGCCUCCGCCAGAGUGCAUGAAAGGCAAAAAGUACGAUCGCCGUAGCGAUAUCUGGAACUUGGGCUGUGUAGUACUAGAGCUGCUGCUCGGUGAAGUGGACACCAAACUUUCGGUGCAAGCGGCCCUAAAAAGUGUGAGCGAGGGCGACCUGCGCGACUUUUUGGGCCGGUGCCUGGACUCACGGGUCAAAGACCGGCACACGAGCGUGAAUCUGCUGAAGCACAGGUUUCUGCGGCAUAAGAGCGAUGCCUUUCAGCCGGGUGGGGACAGCGGCAACAAACCACGUGCACAGCCCACGG